ACUUAUGUAGGCUAAGUCGCUUGCGCCUGUCGUCUGCGCCUCAUGAUGCCCUGCUGAUUCGGUCACAAUUGGAGACCUCCGCUACUCAGCUCAGACGCAUCUUUACGCGUUACGCAUGGGACGACAAACUUCUGGAUUGGGUGAAUGUGGCGUUGCUGGACAAUCUUCACAUUGAUAUGCUGCACAUCUACAUUGAUCUGCUGCGUCACCUGCGCACAGUCGUAUCGCCUCAGCUCUUCGACCGCUCAGGUCUCCUCAACUUCACCUCCUCCGACCGCUUCAGACACGCAGGCGAGCUACAGCCCAUUCUAACCACUCCCCUGUUCAACAGCGGCAACACACCCCACCCCUCACACGCUAACCCACUCACAGGCACUGGCGCCCACGGCAGCAGUACAGGGACAGGCACAGCCACCCACACAUUGGGUGGGACAAGCAGUGGUACAGGCACACCACACACAAACUCAGCCCUGGGCAGCCGCGGACAGAGCACCACCACACACGCAGGCGACAGCACAGGCAGCGCCGCGGGUGGGGGCGGAGCUACGGGGGUGUAUGUAGGUAGGAACGCGAGUAUGGGUGUAGGUAGGACGGCGAGUGCAAGUGCUGGAGUGGUGGGGAGUGCGGGGGCGGGCGUGGGAGUGAGUGGCCCUGAGAGUCUGGCGAUGGUGCGCAAUGCGUCGGUAGGGACUGUGCGACUGAGUGGCCAGGGCAGCGACAGACCGCGCAAAGGACUGGCAACAAACCCCUUCCCAGAUGUUGUGGGGGCCCCUGUGGAGGAUGGUGUGUGGGGGUGCCAUGUGGAUGAGUGGGAGUGGGUGCAUGUAUUUGUGCGUGUGUUCGUUUAG